AUGAGCAUCGUCCAAGCCAUCAAUUGGAAGCUCUCUUCGACGCAAAUCGACGCCUAUUUGAUCUUUUUGGGGUCUUCUGGGUUGGCCUUGAUACUACCAGUGUCCGUCACCUUUGAAAGUCGUUUGCUUGCACCCAUACUCAUGGAGUGUUAUAGGCUCUUUUUCGAACUUUUUGAGAAGAAUGUCGUAUUGGGUCGGAUAUGGUUUGAAUGUACAUGGACCGCUCUGUUCGGGGCUAUGGAACUUGCUGGUGCAAUCGCGUUGACCGCAGUAACGCACACUCAGCUCUGUCAACGUCUAAGUGCGUGUGAUUUGAUGACCAUGGGCGGCUUUUGCUUAUCCCACACUCGUAGGAAUUUUCACGUCAAGUUCGUCAUGUACGUCUACGCAAGUGUUGCAGGCUUUCACUUGGCUUUCCGCUAUUUUAUGUUUGUAUCAUUUGCCAAGACAUCUAUUCGGUUUGUUCUGACCUCCGUGGUACUCGCAGUGCUUUGUUAUUUUGCACUCCUCUUUGGUGCUGCCAUGGUGAAGUUCAAGCAAGACCCUACAAUAUGGCACUGCAGCGCACGUAAAUUCCAGUGGCUGUAUGGCCGGCGGGCUUUGUCCAGUGCGCCGGCUUCCCCAACUUUGCCUAGAUUCCAACGCACAGCUCCAGUCAUAAUAGCACCUAAACCACGCCGCCCGCCCACUGGUGGGGAACCGCCGGCGGUAUUUUCAUAUCGUUCUGGCCUCGGACUGGAGUACGAGAUCGAGCAUUAUAAGCCACCACCGACUUCAACUCAAGUUGAUAAACCUAUGCCUCCUAUACCCUCUGCGGUGGUUCCAGGGCGUACACCACAAAAUAUGAUAUCAAAUCUAUUUUACCCCGAUUACGUGCAAAGCGCUCUCCAAUCUCAACCACCUCAGCACGCACAACCUUUUGGUGCAGCUGGCAUUCGACCUCUGCCGGCAUCACCGCCCCCUCUUGGCGAUUGGCCACGGCUAGAUGCAACGUCGCGACCGACAAAGUCUAAACAGAGGCCGCCUCGAGCAGAAAAGCCUCCUCAUCAACAUAGGCAAGAGCCACCUCAACAACACAGUCCUCCUCGAGCAGAGAGGUCUCAUCAACAACAGAGAUCUACUCAACGAGAACGGCCCCCACAACAAAGUCCUCCUCGAGAGGUCCUUGCGUCAAAUUCACUUCCUCGUACCCGACCUACAGGACCUCGUAGACGGGCAAACUCCACCGACCGACCCCCACCACUUGAUCUCUCAAACAUUAGUGCAUAUAAUACGAGAGUUCAUACAUGA